AAUCGGUCACAAUGGGGAGAAUUCUGUUUAUUACUUUCUGAACUUAACUAUCUUUUCCUGCUUACAGAACAAUUCUGUGAAUGCUGCACCAUGAACUAUCAGCAGAUAUUAUGUCCUUUCUAAACAGCACCAGCCUAACUCCAGAUUCCUUCAUAUUAAAUGGCAUCCCUGGGCUGGAAGAAGUACAUAUGUGGCUUUCAUUUCCCUUGGGAACCAUGUACUGUAUUGCCCUUACAGGAAAUGUUGGCCUCAUGUACCUCAUCUAUUCAGAAGAGGCCUUACACAGACCUAUGUACAUCUUCCUAGCCCUUCUUUCCUUCACAGAUGUGCUCAUGUGCACCAGCACACUUCCCAACACUCUCUGCAUAUUGUGGUUCAACCUGAAGGAGAUUGAUUUUAAUGCCUGCCUGACCCAGAUGUUUUUUGUGCACACCUUCACAGGGAUGGAGUCUGGGGUGCUCAUGCUCAUGGCCCUGGACCGCUAUGUGGCCAUCUGCUACCCUCUGCGCUAUGCCACCAUCCUCACCAACCCUGUCAUCGCCAAGGCUGGGCUCAUUACUUUCACAAGAGGUGUCAUCCUUGUGAUUCCUUUUGCGUUCCUCACCAAACGCCUGCCAUUUUGCAGGACCAAUGUAAUUCCCCACACCUACUGUGACCACAUGUCUGUGGCCAAGAUAUCCUGUGGCAAUAUUAAGAUCAACAGAGUCUAUGGUUUGUUGGUCGCCCUGCUGAUUGGUGGCUUUGAUAUGUUGUGCGUUGCAAUCUCUUACACCAUGAUUCUUAGAACAGUGGUGAGCCUGUCAUCAGCAGAUGCUCGACAGAAAGCCUUUGGCACCUGCACUGCCCAUAUCUGUGCCAUAGUCAUCACUUAUGUCCCAGCCUUCUUUACUUUCUUUACACAUCGCUUUGGGGAACACACCAUCCCUCCACACGUCCACAUUAUUAUGGCAAAUCUCUAUCUCCUCAUGCCUCCCACAAUGAACCCUCUUGUGUAUGGUGCAAAAACCAAGCAGAUCCGAGACAGUGUCAUUAGGUUCUUGUUUAAGUGGAAGGACAAUCCUCAUGGCAUUUAAAUGGAGUUGCCUGAGACGUCAAGAGUUCUUUUUACCUAAACUGAGAACUCGAGUUUAUUCUUAUUUCCCAAGUUUUUUUAAAAAAUAAUUUUAUUGAGGAUAAAAUAGUUUACGGGCCAUUGC